AUGGAUCCACCGUUGUGUGACAGAGGGUGCGGUUUCUAUGGAAGCCCAGCUACCGAAAAUCUGUGUUCAAAGUGCUACAAAGGUCAUCUCAAAGAAAAAGAAAAAGAAGCUGCAGAAGCAGCAGCAGCCAAGAAUUUUGUCCCUGCUUUGCCUGUUCCUUUAGCAAGAGUUGGUUCUACGGUUUGUGACACUACUGAUAAUAAAAGAGCAAAGGUUGAAGUUUCUGGGUCUAGGAAAAGAUGCGAAUGCUGCAACAAGAAGGUAGGAGUAAUCGGGUUUGAUUGCAGCAGCAGAUGCGGGGGGAGUUUCUGCGGCAUUCAUAGGUAUCCAGAGGAGCACGCGUGCAACUUCGACUUCAAGAGUUUUGGUCGUGCAGUUUUGGCCAAGCAAAAUCCCGUUUGCAAAUCGGAUAAGCUAGAGACUAGAAUUUGA